AUGCCGAAGCCGAAGACGCUGCUGAAGGAGACCAAGGCGAAGAAGAAACGAAAACAGGUGGCACCAGAGUCGGCAGAUGAGUUUCUCGCUGAGGGAGUUGAUCUCGAAGAAGCGGGAGAGAAAUGGCGGGCCGGAGACCCGGUCAAGUCGAUGCGCUUCUUCAUGAGGGCCAUCGAGAUGUAUGAAACCGGGUUACGCCGGUACCCUGCUUCGUUCGACCUGGCCUACAACAAAGCACGAGUGCAGUAUGAAAUUACCCAGCAUCCUAAGCUGGUCACCCAGCUACCCGGGCCGAUUAUUGACAUCCUUCGAAUCGCACUCGACUCCCACCGAGAAGCCCUACAAAAGGAUCAAGAUAAUGCAGACAUACUGUUUAACACUGCACAGGUACUAACCAGUGUAGCUGAAGCACUCACUGAAGGCAAACACGCAGACGAAGAACAGACGGAAGAGGCGUUGAAAUGUCUAACUGAAGCUUUAGAGCUGUUUCAGCGGUGUCUCGUUUUACAGGAGUUGCGAUUCACAGAGUUCGAACAGCAGCUGCAGAUGGUGCAAAAUAGCGGGCCGGAUCAUCAAACUCAACAUAAUAAGCAGGAUGAGCAGCAGCAGCAGCAACAACAACAGACACAGGGAGACGUAGGUGAUUCUAGGACGGGCUCGACGGAAGCAGAGGAGUGGGCUGCUGUGGUUGAACCCGUAACAAAGAAUACACUUAUUGACACUGCGAUUGCGCAGCUGGAAGCACUAGCAACGCUGUGUGGACUGCUGUCGUCUGACCACGGAAGUACCCUGGUCUGGGUAGAAGAGUAUUCGUCCGACCUCCUGCGAGAGAAGAUUGCCGCAUACGUCGAAGGUACAGACAGGGCUAAUGAAGUAGCCAUGGUCAGGGCGAAGUUCCUCUCCAUCCUGCUUGAAAUCAAUUAUCGAAGCGGCCGCAUCGAUCUAGACACAUACAAGCAAGAGCUUGAUGCCGCAUGGAGCAACAAUGUGGAUGUCUCGCAUGAUCCUGCGGGCCUUUCCAACCAGGCCGAAGCCCUGAUAGGAUUCAGCUCAGCCAUUGCCGAUGCCUACCCUACUAUCGACGUCGAAAGGUUUCCAUGGUCUUUAGAUCUGCGAUGGCAGGCCCUGGGGGUCGCCUUGAGUCGGCUAGCAGCUGCAUCAAAGCUUGCUGGGCCAGAUAACCUGGCAAAGAUACAUAUUGCUCGGGGUGACGCGGAAAUGCAUCGGUGGAGACUAGGCCAGGUUCCAUUUUGUUAUGCACCGGCCGUGGAUAACGCGGCGACGCUGCUCAAGAAUGCUGAAACUUAUUAUCGCGGGGGAGCAGCCACCGCCAGAAGAGAUGGCUGGCCUGAAGCAGAGCGCGAAGGCACAGUAAAAGAAGCUCUGGCAAAGGGGCUGGCUGGCGACUCAAGCCAGAUGAGGAGUUUAGCCAUAGACUCCAAGGGGUAUAUGAUGCGAGUAGCUAACGACAUGGCCGAGGAUGGCCACAUACCGCCCGAGGACCUGACUAGGCUAAUGGCAGUGUUGGAUCCGAACGAGCUAUUAUUUUAA